GGACGCCUGUGGAGACUCAGUCAUGAAAGGUGAACUGUUUGUGCUUUCAAGCAUGAUUGUCCUACUCCAGGUGGCCCACGGAUGCCCAGACAAGUGCCGCUGUCACCCCUCUACACAUUUCGUAGACUGCAGCCAGCAGGGUCUGGCUGAAAUCCCUUCUGAUUUACCUGCUCAGACUCGAACACUGUACUUACAAGACAACCAGAUACGCCAGCUUCCUGCAUUUGCAUUUAGGUCAGUGCCAUGGCUCAUGACCUUAAACUUGUCCAACAAUUCCCUUUCAAAUCUGGCCCCCCAAGCUUUCAACGGACUUCAGCGCUUACAGGUUUUAAAUUUAACCCAGAAUUCUUUGCUUUCCCUGGAAAGCAGACUUUUCCAUUCCCUCCCCCAGCUGAGGGAGCUCGAUUUGUCAUCAAACAACAUAAGCCACCUUCCCACAUCCCUGGCCGGGCCCUGGGAGAACCUAACUGUAUUUGCAGUUCAACACAACCAGCUUCAGCAGCUUGAUGGCGCACUCCUAGAAUCUAUGCCCAGUGUGAGGCUUUUACUUCUCAAGGGCAAUCUCUGGAAAUGCAAUUGCCACUUGCUCAGUCUUAAACUCUGGCUGGAGAAAUUUAUCUAUAAAGGCGGAAUAACAGAUGGCGUCAUCUGUAGGUCACCAGACACCUGGAAGGGAAAGGACCUCCUCACAAUCCCUCAUGAGCUCUACCAGCCCUGCCCUCCUUCUGCUCCUGAUCUGGGGUCCUCGCAGACUCAGCAGCCCAGUUCUGCCCAUGGGGCAGCCCCGAGGCCCCAUGAAAACCACAGCUUAGGGGAACGAGACCUCUCAGAGUGUGAGUUCAAACCCAAGCCGAGGCCGGCCAACCUGCGUCAUGCUGUUGCCACCGUCAUCAUCACUGGGGUUGUGUGUGGGGUCCUGUGUCUCAUGAUGUUGGUCGCUGCUAUCUACGGCUGCACCUAUGCGGCAAUUACAGCCCAAUACCACCGGGGACGCUUGGCUCAAACCAAUGAGCCUGGGAAGGCAGAAGGAAAAGAGCUAUUUGGCAGCGCACCAGCCUGAGAGCUUUCUACUCAAACACCACAGAUCACUGUGGGCCAGAAAAAGUGUCUGAGUAGGACUGAUGUGAUUGCUGUGUCUGUCUCGUUUUAAUUUUUUCCAAAGA